AUGAGCCGACGCCGUCCACAACUCAAUCAACUAGUUUCUGGAGAAUGCUCUACAGAACUGCAGGCAACAACAAACCGUCCAAAAUAUGAAGAAGAGACACCUAAUCGGCCUUUGAAGCGAUCUUGCACACCGCCAGUUUCACCAAACAAUCAUAAACGUCCACAAAUUUCGAAUAACUCGAGCUCGGGGUCUCUUCCAAUGUACCAAUGGGUCCAUCUCAAGGCAAGCGACCCCGAGACGGGGAUCCGAGCCGGCCAACUAGCCCUCGUCGUUGCACAAGACACUCUGAUUACUGUCGUCCCUCGAGAACGGUUACACGGAAGCAGCUCAUCAUCAACACGAACCAUACAAUCCAACACACUCGCAGAGUUGCAACUUGACGACGGAACGCAUCUUCCAAGUAUGGUAAAUAUCGCCCCACAACCUUCUCCCUCCGAUCUACAUCUCUGGGAGCAACUGGCGACCGAUGCAAAAUGGUUCCAGACGGCCUACUGUCGACAACAAGGGGCGGCUUUCCUCCCGGGUUGUCGAGUGGUCCUUCCAUUCGGUGGGAGUGGCUUUAUCAUGCAGCUUUCGCCAGACGGCACAGCUCAAGUCCGGGUGGCUGUGAACAACGCACCAUUCAGCGCCCUCGACCCAAAUUUUGUCCAACGACUGCAAACCCCAAUGCAUGAAGAUGAUGUUGUUACGUUCGACAUGUCGUGUCUUCGCCGACAUUUAUUCUCGGGAAUCCCCGCGCCGCUGGUCGGAGAUCGCAUUUAUGUCGUCCGUGGUAGAGAACGAGGAAUGCUGGGACGCGUUAUUUCCAUCGACUCUGGCCAAGACCCUUUGGUCAUAGUUGAAACAGAACAGUAUCACACGAGGGAACAAGUGCCGAUGUCUUGCAUGGUCCGGCACUUCGUCGAGCGGGAUCUCGUCAAAAUCGUCCAUGGCUAUCAUGCUGGCGAAGUUGGUACGGUGAUUAGGACCUUCCCUUUGAUUGAAAGUGCCCGCAAAGGUGUCCUCGACAGCGCGAUUGAGGUAUUUCCAUUGAAUGGACCAGAGAGUCCCGGCCCAAAAGGCUAUAAAGUUUGUCGUGUUCUUACCCAACACGUCGUGUUCUGGCAUAGGGAAGAGCCUUUGGAGCAGCCGAGAAAACCAGAACCAGAACCAGACAACGCUUGUCGAUCCUCGUCUGGCUAUUCGCGUGUGUUGGCUCAGCGUGUGGCAUUUUGGGACGACAAUGUCAACUCACCAUCUUCCUACUCGCCUUCAAGUGCAUCCGGUACCCCGGAACAUCUUUCCCCUCUCGUCAACUCAUCACCACAGCCUGAUGUUCACCAAAUUGGAAACGAUGAGGGACGCUGGCUUUGCAUACCCACACUUUCCGGAAAGCGUAUCGAUGUUAUCAUCAUGCCAAUACGACACGGCCGGGUCACCAACGUCCAAGCAGAUGCGGUUGGCAGGAGUGGGUUUAUCGAACUUGAUCAGCCUCUAACCGAGGCGUUGCUCAAAGUUCCAAUAAACGUCUAUGUAGAUGGCCUCCAGAAGCGAAUCAGACUAGCCCCCAAGUGGCUUGCACCUAUGCGAAGCGCAUUACCCCAGCCGGUUCAACCCACCCAGGAUGUUUCGAUUGCGCAGGCAGCCAAAGGCAGGGUUGUCAUCAUCGGGCCGGAUGUCCGGGGGAGUGUCUCCCAGUUGGGCCAGUACGCAAAUAUUACUGGUGCGGGACCUGGGGAUGUAGUUUUGGUUCAAUUCGAGAGAGAGUGGUUCGAGCCAGUGUCGCAGGCACAGUUCCACUUGCAGAGUCUUUGUCGGUCGACAAAUCUUGAUGGCAAGCAGACCAAGGCGACGAGAUUUUAUUGA